AGGAAGGAGUUUCUGAGUGGAAACAGAGCGUCCAGUGUUUCAUAUUUCACCUCCUAGUCAAAGGGAAGAAAAAAAAAGAGAAAAAGAAGAAGAGAAGGAGGAGGAAACCUGUGGACAAUUUUCUUGAGACGCAUUUAACUUGGAGUUUAUGGAGGCUGCAGUUGUGGAAAAUGAAGAUCUCCUCUCUGGUCUUUGCUCUGCUAACCCGAGCAUUGUGUGGAGAUUUCUGCUUGGCUAUCAACGCCACCAUCACUCCAUCGCCCUUCACGGUUGCCCAGGAGGGUCAGAACAUCACACUCACCUGCGUCGUCUCCCAGAGACGGCGAAACACAGCCCUACCCGUCGUCAAAUGGACCUUCUUGCCGGCAAGUGCGGAUCGACCCGAGGACGAACUCCUGAUCGCCCGGGUCAACAUGCGGAAAGCCCGCUUCUAUGGGAACUACACCAAGAGUUUCCCCUGGCCAAAGUUCAAGUUGACGGUGGUGAAGCAGGGGAAGAUCUUCGAGCUGCUCGUCCAGAAGGUGUCCGAGGAAGACAGAGGACUCUACAUGUGCCGGGUGCAGGAGUUCAAGAAGCACCAGGACCGCUGGAAGGCCUCGACCAACUAUACCGCCGCUACUGAGCUUAGAGUGCAUGUUCUACCGACCACCGAGACCAAAGAAAGCCUGUGGAGUUUGUUUGAAGACGUGUACUUGUGUGCGGUGCUGAUCUGCUCUGUGGGUCUGCUGUGCAUGUGCAUGUUCACUGUGACCAUAACCUGCCAAUUCAUACAAAGGAAGCAGAGGCUAAAAGAUCAGUACCACUUGGUUAAAAGCCCUCAGAACAGCUCAGGAGAGACGGUCACCAGCGUAGUCAGCGUUUCUCCUGCUCUUCCUAAGAAGGAGAGGAGAUACAGAAAGAAGAGGAGCAGAGACUACCAGGAGGAGAAACCGCCAGAGAUACCAGCUAAAGCCCCCAUCGAAGACAAAACUCGCAAACCCAAACUAUUAAAACCUCAACCAAGGAAAGUAGUUCUGCCCAGGAUAGUGGAGGAGAAUCUGACGUAUGCGGAGCUGGAUCUGGUGAAGCCGAUCCCAGAGACGAAAGCAUCUCGGAGCGGGACUGUGUACGCUCAGAUACUGUUUGAGGAACAGCAGCUUUGAGACGGAACACAAACCACUAAGAAAAACAAAAAAAACUGUGCCUUGUAUAAAAACUGUUGUCUAUUUAUGCUCUGUUUCUGUGCUGUUUUGUAAAGAUGGUUUGCGGUGGAGAUAAAUGGGUAUUUUUUUUGAUGCGAUAAAUUUCUACAUGUGGUUUUGUAGAUAUUUUGUAUACCUUCUUCAUAUGAUAGCAACAUACAAUGUGACUUUUUUUUUUUUGCUUUCUUUCGUUUGUUUUAUAUUGGAGUAUUUGUAUGAAAUGUGGUUAAGUCCGGUGUACCCCAAACUAACAUGGUAGACGACUUAAGCUUAAUGAACUUUAAAUUUACUGGAAUCUGCGGAAGGAAACACUUUGGAGAGGUUUCUGAAAAGCUACAAUAAAAUGAACUGGCAUUAAUCCAGAUUAUACAGCCAACAAUCAAUAGGCCCAGGCCGUGUUCCCUCGCAUCAACCACCUGGUCUCCACUAUCUGGACUAAGGUGAACCAGUCUCCUUAACAUAUGGGAGCCUCAUCUAUGGUUGUGGUCUGAGAUUCAUCAAAACCAAUGAACUGAUCUUACUCAGACCCAGUCCAUGAGAAGAUAAGGCCUUUAACAAGAAUGCUCAUUGGAUUACCAAAACCCCUCCACCGUGUCAAGCUGACAAUUCCUUGGACGUUUCAGAUGAGAGUCAGUUCCUCUGAGUUUGAAACCACUGUUCUCAACAAGGAAAGGGAUUACGCCAUCCAUGCUUCAAGUAGAGGAGUCCCAAGUAUUUUGCCGUCUUGUUCUGAAGGAUUGGAGUCUUGUAUGUGGUUACGCUAAUUUCCUGUGCUGAAGAAAAAUAAGUUCAUGAUCUAGUGGCCCGUCAAUGUUCCGACUCUUACCAACAGUCAUAAGAUACAGGGCAAGGAAACGAUCGAUUGGACCAGGUUUGCCCUUGGAGAUGGUGCGAAGAGCGCCACCAUCCAGGGUGAGGCAUCAAAAGGAGUGAGUUCAGGUGGGGUCUUUUUGGCCAUAUUGAAUUUUUUUCAUUUCGGAAAACAGCAAUGGAAGCAUUUUUUUUUUAAUCACAAAAAUCACAUGAUCAACAGCUGGAUGUUGCCACUGGCACAAACCAAGAAGAAGAUAGCAGGAAGUACUGGGAGGACGAUGGUGCGGCAUGUUUGUUGAUGAACAACAUGUGACUUUAAUUGCAUAACAGAAACAAUUGCAGAACUUUUUUUUUUUUUUACAAUACAGGAAUAUUGACAAAGUUUUGUGCAUGUUUGUAAUGGAAAUGCAUCUAGUGGAUGAAGUAAACAUUUCUGAACGAGUGACAAAAUUACUGACAUAUGUCAUCAUGACUGUGAACUAAUCCACUCUCAAACAUCAUUUCCUUCUAAUGUGUCCACAGCAAUAUUCCCCUUCAAAGCAUCUGGGUUCAGUCUGUUUCCGUUUGUCCUGCAGCAAUUUAUUAUGACCACAGAGUUGAUUCAAACCAGUAAUUAGCUCCCCGCAUCCCCCCACUGGCAAGUAUGCGAGACCAUGCAGGCACUUUCAUCUGGCACCAAUGUCAACUCAACGGACUGUUCACAGCACACACACAUUUAUACACUCAUGAGAGACAGGACUGGGGUUACAGGAACCCUGAAAUGGAGACAAGAAAAAGCACACCUGAUUGUUGAGGUAAUGCACAUGAAUUUUGAAUGCACUGUUUGGCAUAAAUGUCUGCUUAAUUUGAAUCUCGGUGGAGGGAGGGAGGGGGGGGGAUGUUUGCUGAUCGAGAACAAGAAGCCACAACACGUCCUACAAAUCUGUGCAACUCUCGUUUUUCCACUUUCCAUCACUGUGUGUGGGUGAAAACAAUUGGAUCCCCUCUCUUUUCCACUCAGCGAUCGUUUGGACUCAAGAAUGAGAAAAACAAAAGGGGAACCAUUUUUAAACGGUGAACUUGAAGCCCAGACGCAAAGGCACCCGAUCCUUCCCUUCCCUCAAGACUUUCACCAUCUUCUCUGGGCUUAUCCAUACAGCUGGAGGACUGCUGCCUGCAUACUGAGGCUCUUAAAAGAGUUUAUCUCAAAAGGGAAGUUUCGCCUCAUUUCCUGUCAUCAAACGUGAACUGAACCAGCGCAUGACUGUUUACCAGUUUAACUUCAUAUAAAGCCACUGAACAGACGGUACUGGCUAACUAAAGACCGUGAUGUCAAAAACAUCGGUUAAUAAAAUUAAGAAAGCAGAGUCGCAUGACUGUGCAUAACAUAUAGCACACACUGUUCUCUGGGUGUUUGUAGGAAAAACGCUUGUUGUCGAGUGUUUUUCCCGAUGUUUGUAUUCUCUCUGUAUAAAAUAAGUGACAUUUUGGUGGAUAGUAGAAGUGUCUUAAAAAUGCCUUCAGACUGUGAAAAGUAAAGUUCCUUCCAAACCACAUUGUCCAUAAUGGGCGUCUACUAACCAGAACCAUGUGUGUGAACUGUGCCUCUGUGCCACUUCUCGCUUUUCGCUCUCUGCCCUCCACUGACCUUGGCACUGGUCCACAUUCCUGCAUUUAGGCUUGUGCCUUUUUUUUUUUUGGACCAACGUGUAUAAAGAAGUGAAAUAAAUAGACGAUAAAGGUGAAAAA